ACUUUCACCGAAGAAGAAAAAGGCGGAAGUUAACAUCGCUUUACGGCAAAUGCGACACAAAGGACGACGACCAACAAGCCUAAUCGAGUUAAAACAUUCAAAGUGUUGAACGAGUUGGUGAAGGAGCGACUAAUGGCGGCAGCUGAGGAAAUAUGCGGGAUGUUAGAAAGAUAGAUUGCGUCGCGCGAGGAAGAAUUUGCCCAAACAAGAGAGGACGACGAACGACAACAAAUGGCUACUGCUAGCAAGACUCAAAUCGAGCUACACAUUGACGACGUCUGUGAAGAACAUCUCCCCCCUGAGCAGCAGGAGUGGAGAUGCAGGGUGGAUCAAGAGGAGCCACAGCCCCCCUACAUUAAAGAAGAAGAAGAAGAGCCUCAGCAAGUCCACAUUAAAGGAGAAGUGGAGGAGCCACGCUACACGUCCAUGAAGGAGGAAGAGGAGGAACACACUAUCAGCCGGGAAGGAGAGUAUUUUAAUGGACUGGGGGAGUUCUCAGUGAUUAGUGUCUCUGUGAAGAGUGAAGAUGAGGAAGAAAGUGAGGAGGAGCGAGAGAGGGAGCCUCCAAGCACAACAGAAGCCGAUGGAGACCACUGUGGAGGAUCACAAGCAGACAGCCUCUUAGCUCCACUAUCAGACAAUGACGACACAACAUCCCACUCUCGUGACACUGAUGAUGAAGACUCUAAAGCCGAUAACACGUGUCGCACUGACAGCACACGCUGGAAAUGUUCUGAGUGCGACAAAACUUUUGUUAACAAAGGAAAUCUGGAAAGACACUUGAGAAAUCACACAGGAGAGAAACCGUUCAUGUGCUCAGUUUGCGGCAAACGAUUCUUUCAGAAGGCACAGUUGACAGAACACACAAGAAAACACACCGGAGAGAAACCCUUUUCCUGUGCGGUGUGUGGUAUGGGUUUCACACGGAAGUUUGAGAUGAGAAUGCACACGAGAAUACACACCGGAGAGAAACCUUUUUCAUGUUCAGUGUGCGGAAUCGGUUUCAUACGGAAUCAGUAUUUGAAAGUCCACAUGAGGAUACACACGGGAGAAAGUCCGUUCGCGUGCUCGCUUUGUGGGAAACGAUUUUCUCAGAAAGUGCAUUUGACGACACAUACAAGAAUGCACACUCAAGAGAAACCUUUCUCCUGUUCCCUCUGCGGGAAAGGUUUUGUGUCAAAUCCAUAUUUGAAUAGACACAUGAGAAGGCACACCGGAGAAAAACCAUACGCCUGUUCAGUCUGCAACAAAAGCUUUUGUGAACGCACGGCACUCGCGAGGCAUGUGAAAACGCACACCGGAGAGAAACCUUUUAACUGUUCUGUUUGCGGUAAAGGAUUUGUACAAAGUCACGAUUUCAAAGUACACAUGAGAAGGCACACUGGGGAAAAACCAUACGCCUGUUCGGUCUGCAGCAAAAGCUUCUGCGAGCGAAAAGCGCUCGUAAGACACACGAGAACGCACACCGGGGAGAAAAGUUUUUUUUGUUCAGUGUGUGGGAAGGGUUUCGUAAGGAUCGAAUUUUUAAAAGCGCACACAAAAGUACACACAAGUGAGAAAGAAGAAGUGUCUCGAACAAGAGAGGAGUACGAGAGACCGCGAGAACAACAGGAGGUUUGCUCGACUGAUAUUUUUCACAGUCAAGAUGCACAGCCCCUGAUUGGGUGUCAAGGAUGUCCACAGCCCCCCAACGUUAAAGAGGAGCAAGAGGAGGAACAACUCUGGAUUGCUCAGAAGGGAGGUAUUCCUGUGAAGACCGAAGACCACGAAGAUAUCAGUGAAGAACAUCAGUGCAUUAAAGAAAAGGAGGAGAGACUAGAACUUCCCCUCCACAAUAAAGAAGAAGACAAGGAUCACAUAAUCAGUCAGGAGAGAGAGCAUCUUGAAGGACUGGCGGAAUUCCCAGUGAUCGUCGUCGCAGUGAAGACGGAAGAUGAAGACAAAGAUGAAAGUGAGGAGAAGAUAGAGGCGGAGCACAUGAAAAUAGAAGCUGAUGGAGACCACUGUGGAGGACCACAAGCAGACAACCUCUUAGCUUUACUAUCAGAUUGUGACGACCUGGCGUUUGAUGAUGAAGACUCUCAAGCUGAUCAGACAUGUCACACUGACAACACACGCUUGAAAUGCGCUCAGUGUGAUCAGACUUUUGAGCACAAGAGAGCACACACUGGAGAUGAACCAUACUUCUGCUCGAUGUGCGAUAAAAGACACUUUAAGAAGGUACAAUUCACAAUCCACACAGGAAUACCCGAUCAGGAAAAAUCUUAUACUUGUUCUCUGUGUGGUAUAGGUUUUAAACGAAAUCAGAAUUUAAAAAGACACAUGACAAUACACACUGGAGAGAAACCAUUUUCAUGUUUAAGCUGUGGCAAAAGUUUUCGUAUCCAAACAAAUCUUAAAACACACAUGAGGAUACACACAGGUGAGAAACCGUUUCCCUGUUCAGUGUGCGGUACAGGUUUUGCACGAAAUGAUCAGUUGAAACAACACAUGACAAUACACACCGAAGAAGAAAACCCCAAUUCAUGUUCAAGCUGCAACAAAAGCUUCUACGACCGAGCAAACCUUAAAAAACACAUGAGGAUACACACUGGUGAGAAACCAUUUAUAUGUUCCGUGUGUGGUACAGGUUUUGCACGAAAUGAUCAUUUGAAACAACACAUGACAAUACACACAGAAGAAGAAAACCUAUAUCCAUGUUCAAGCUGCAACAAAAGCUUUCAUUAUCGAACAAACCUUAAAAAACACAUGAGAAUACACACUGGUGAGAAACCAUAUACCUGUUCAGUGUGUGGUACAGGUUUUGGACGUAAUAGUCUUUUGAAGCAGCACAUGAGAAUCCACACUGAAGAAAAACCAUAUUCAUGUUCUAGCUGCAAUAAAUGUUUUCGUAACCAAACAAACCUUAAAAAACACAUGAGAAUACACACCGGAGAGAAACCAUAUUCAUGUUCAAGCUGCAAGAAAAGCUUUCAUGACCAAUCAAAUCUUAAAAAACACAUAAGAAUACACACAGGUGAGAAACCAUAUACCUGUUCAGUGUGUGGUACAGGUUUUGCACAUAAGAGUCAAUUAAAAACACAUGUGACAAUACACACUGGAGAAAAACCAUAUUCAUGUUCAAGUUGCAGCAAAAGCUAUUUUUACCAAACAAGCCUUGUGCGACACAUGAGGGUGCACACUGGGGAGAAACCAUUUUCCUGUUCAGUGUGCGGUACAGGUUUUGGACAAAGGAGUGCUUUAAAAAGACACAUGCAAAUACACGCUAGAGAAAAACCUUAUCCAUGUUCUGUUGUCACUAUUUUGAGUUAAGUUACAAUUUGGGCUGCACGUCGGCCAAGUGGUUAGCAUGCAGGCCUCACAGCUAGGAGACAGAGUUCAAUUCCAUCCUCGGCCAUCUCUGUGUGGAGUUUGCAUGUUCUCCCCGUGCAUGCGUGGGUUUUCUCCGGGUACUCCGGUUUCCUCCCACAUUCCAAAAACAUGCUAGGUUAAUUAGCGACUCCAAAUUGUCCUUAGGUAUGAAUGUGAGUGUGAAUGGUUGUUUGUCUAUAUGUGCCUUGUGAUUGGCUGGCGACCAGUCCAGGGUGUACCCCGCCUCUCGCCCGAAGACAGAUGGGAUAGGCUCCAUACAUAUUACUUGUGGGGAAGUGGAAAGCAGUUAUUUGAAAGUGUGUUUUAUUUUGAAGCUAGUUAACAGGAAAUGAACACUACAUGUGCUGUAAUUGAACUGCUCUCCCUCAUGCUCUGUAAAUUUCUGUCAUUAUAAAUAUAUAAAUCUGAUGGAGAAAUAUGCCAGAGACAAGAAUUCAUCGACAUCUCUAUGACGAAUAUGAAAUACAGAGGCACAGCCAGGAAUCCUGUCUGUUAUGCCUCGUUCUAAUGCAGAGGUCCGACCUGAAGACAUUGCAGGGGGCCUACAUGCGGACAACUGACUCUUGUGGUCAAUGGCGCUUGAACUCAUUCAAUUCCUGUGGAACAAAGCUGAAAGCAGGGAAAGAGCAGUUCUUCAUGCUCACUGGAAUAGAGGACAAUUUAAAGAACACAGUCCGACUUGUCAAUUGGCACAUAUUAUACAAUAUAUAUAUAUAUAUAUUUUUUUUUUAUCAUGAAACAUAUUGAAAGACAUCUUGUUUUUUAUUAUUAUUUAUUAGUAUUAAUACCUUAGUUUCUUCUAGUUAUUUUACUUUUCCCUAGGGAUUUUAUUUCUGCAAGUACCAACAGAGUGUUGGGUUGCACUGUGGAGGGUUUUAUGCAGCUUUAUAUGCACAAUCGAAGGUGGUGCUACGCUUCCGCUUGUGAAUAAUUUACUGAAACUGACAAAUCGGCUGCAAAAUAGGCUAGUUUAGCUAGUAAUCAAAAACGCUUCCCGGUCCAAAGAAACAGCUUUGAAAGUGACAAUAACAUAAUAAUAACUGAUAUUGUGUUGUGAUGGAUACGAUUUUCUAGCAGUGAUAGCCACUGCAAUUGGCUUCAUAUUCGUAUUGGUAGAUACUGCCAGAAGAUUAUAUAUAUGCAAUAUAGAUAUCAUAUCGGAAUUGGGACACCCGUUGAUAUGAUGCUGUUCUCAGAUUGAUGAAAUAAACUUUAUUACUAAAGUUUCACAGCAAAAUGUAUUUUUUAUAUCUGACAUAUUGAAAUAAAAGACAAUGAGGCACAUUUUCAGACAUACGAUAUUUACCAGGUAUUGUAUCAACAUGGGUCAAGUCUUGAGGGCAUCUGGUGGUAUACACACACUAAAGGUGACUUCUAUGAUUUGACCAUCUUUUAGCAAAAUCCGCAAAAAAAAUAUUUAUUCUCCAUUGUGUGUCAACAUGUGGGCUGUUAAACUUGUCUUAUACGAGUAACUUUUACCACAAAGCGUACAACUAAAAGGUUUCUCCCCCGUGUGUGUUCUCAUGUGUUUCACCAUGCUACUUUUGUCAUAGAAUCUUUUACCACAAGCUGAGCAACUGAAAGGUUUUUCUCCUGUGUGUGUUAUCAUAUGUGAUGCCAUGUUUGACUUUCGGGAGAACCGUUCCCCGCAAACUGAGCACCUAAAAGGUUUUUCUCCGGUGUGCGUUCUCAUGUGCGACACCAUGUUUACCUUCACAGUGAAGCUUUUACCGCAAACUGAACAACUAAAAGGUUUCUCUCCUGUGUGCGUUCUCAUGUGUUUUACCAUACUGCUAUUGUGAGAGAAUUGUUUACCACAAACGGAACAACAAAAAGGUUUUUCUCCGGUGUGCGUUCUCAUGUGCGACACAAUUGAAAACUUUUGUGAGAAUGUUAUACCGCAAACUGAGCAACUGAAGGGUUUCUCUCCAGUGUGUGUCCUCGUGUGUGCUGUCAGACUUGAUUUCUGAGUAAAACUUUUACCACACACCAAACAAGUGAAUGGUUUCUCUCCUGUGUGUAUUCUCAUAUGCAUUUUCAGAUUACUACGGUCAUUAA